AUGACAUUGCUCCGAUUUUUUCUCGCCCUUGCCGCCCUUGAAAUAGCUUCUUCUUUCACCUCCUCUCCCUUGUACAUUUCAAACCUAGGGAAAAAGGGAAGUUUGGAUUGUCUUCAUGAUCAAUGGUACAAAGCUGGAAGGCACAAAAGCGUUGGGUUGGUUCAACAGUUGCACUCCUCUGAUGGGAAUUCGAAAUCGAAGGCGUAUGUUAGCCAGAAGCUGACGACGUCCUUAGGCCUCAAGAUCAAGGAGAACUCAAGAAAAAAUCAGAUCUUGCAGUCCUACGGGGCUAGACCAAAGUCGACCAGUCUUGCAGGCGUCAUCGACAGUUUCAUGUCAUACAUGAAGGGCUUCUUGAAGGAUUUGUACCAUCGGCUUGCUUCCUUCUAUCAGACAAUGAUUGUCAAAUUUUCUGGGAAACCGAAGAAGGCUAGAAAAGAAACGGUUUCCAUGGAGACUCCAGUGUUUGAAGUGGAAGACGUGGCCACUGAGGCCUCAAGUGAGGUUCUUCCGCCCCCAGACAACACUCGAGUGCUGCAACUGAUCGGAGGUUAUGCCAAAAGGCACUCUAAUGAAACUCUCGCAGACAGCAUGAAGACCAAGUCUGACUUGGUACAACCGAAGAUGUCCAAGUAUGCUGGAAUCGGAACAACGGCUUGGGGAAAGGAUGUCAAAGACAGCAGGAUCCGGACAGGAGAAAAGGGCGCAGACCUGAACCAACAAGUGAAACCACAAGGAGACGAAGAGGAUGAGGACUCUAAGACUCGUCGCCUUGAGAAGUUGAUGUCUGCGUACGCCUCGAGGUAUGGUGGCGACAAGAAAAAGCCAAAGAAGAUAGGAAGGAAGGUAGUGCAAGAGGAGGGCCGGAUGGUUGCAAGUGAUGUGGAAGACCUUCGAAGCGGCAAGACACUCAGAGAGGUGGUAGAAGUGUGUGUUGGAACUGAAGGACUUGUCAAGGUGUUCUGCAAUGCAGAUCCUUCCAUGUUCAAACUUUCUCACUCCUACGAACAUCCGGGAGACCAGGAGCUGCUCAAUGAAGCUCUGUCCAUUACCUGCUCAAAGAGCGGCAUCGACAUCCCCUCCUCAUUCCACAAGUGCAUGAGCUAUGGUUGGGACGACGAUUCGAUACUGCAGCUGCUCUUCCUGAUCAAGUCUUGUGUUUAUUCCGACGCAAAUCGAUCAAGAUUCCUAGACGAGAUGAAACAGGAUGAAAAACACUUGCCGCCAAGCAUCAACAUCUCUCUUCCGACAAGAACAAACGUGGUUGGAAGAGACUCUAGCUCGAGAGGAAGGAGCAACACGCGAGAGUUACUUGAGAGAAGUUAUCAUAUGGAGCCUGAGAGCGAAAGGCAUCGUCCAUAUGCACACCAGCCUGACCUCUCACUCAGAAACGAGGAUGAUGGAAACAAGAAUCUCCAUGCGCAAUUCGAACCCGGACUGCAGAGGGCGGCUAUGGUGAAGGGUGACAGCAGCCUGCCGCCUGAUGCAGUUGUUGAUGCCAAGGAUCAGAACAUUCGCAGGUUCCCCACGAGAAUCAGCGACUCGAGGUCGGAGAUGGUCCAGCAGUCAGUGAUGGAGCAGCGGGUGGAGGAGCAAGUCAGUCGAGAACCUCCGAUGGCCGAGCAGCGACAUUGCUACGACGAGGCUCGUCUCGGGGGAGCUGGCAGAGAAGAGAGGAGGAGCUACGAUGGAGAAGUGAGAGGGAGGAAGCAGCAUCGAGCCUCAGGCAGAGAUGUGCUGCUGCAGGAGAGCAGGAGGAGUGAAGAACCCCCAAGGCAGCCGGAACGAGCAAUCGAUGCAGUCUAUCCGAAGCCUCCCAAUUCAUCGACGUUUGAUCAGGAUCAUUUUGUUGAAGUGGGAGACAAACAGGCAAGGUCUUGGUUCGAGAGCAUCAUGGAAAAGAAGAGCUCUCUCAGGGAAAUCGCCAUGUCGCGGACCGUCAAAGUGAAGGACUUCGGGAAGAUGUUUGCAGACGGUUUGGUCCUGUGUCAUAUCGCCGAGGUUGUCUGUGGUGAGGAAGUGCGGGGAGUAGCGCAGUCGCCCAAACAAAAGGCGCAAAGGCUGAACAACAUUAGGAUCGCCUUGCAGAAAUUCCGUGGGCACCGAGAAGUCCUGUGGAGAAAUCUGUCGCGCAGUGACUGCCUGUGGGACGAGAACUCGUUGGUGGAGGAGAGCUCUUUCGUUGCCUGGAGGCUCCUGAACGUCCUUGCGCGGUGCUUCUCGACGAAACGAAAGAGUCUGGAGGCUCGAAAUCACCAGCAGCUAGGGAGGAAGAUGCCAGAAGAUGCUCCCUGCGACAUCCUCGAUCAUCAUCACUACCUCGGGAUCAAGACCAUAAGGAGGGAAGUUCUGAAGUGGCUGCAGCAGCUGAACCUCCACCAGUACCUCAGCAGGACGUUUGAGUUCGCCGACCUCUCGCGCCUGCACCUGUCGCUGAUCGAAGAUCCCUUUCGCAACGGCGUCCUGCUCGCCCGACUGGCGCAGAUCCUUGAGAAGAGCAGCAUGAGCGGCGUUGUGUGGCAGCCGAGGAACGUUGUGGAGGCAGAGAACAACGUCGAGAUCGCCCUGAGAAUUUUCUCCAAGCUGCAGAGGAAUCUAGACGUCAGCAAACUUGUGCAGGGAGACGAGAACGCUAUCUGGUCCCUCCUCUACUCUCUCAAGAAGGAGUACUCCAACGUCCACCGCUCUCUUCUCUCCCCGGAGGACUGCGGAGACGGCAUGCUGUCAAGCUCGAAGAGCCUCAAGGACGGGAAGGAGGCGGCGGAUGCUAUCCUGCUUUACAGCAAGGACCAGAAGGCGCUGCUGGAGAUCGCGCUGGUGCGCUGGCUGAAGGAGCUUCCCAUCGACUUCUCGAAGUAUGGGGUGGAGAUGACACCCUAUCGUCAUCACCAGCACCCCCAGACGUCUAUGACCGCAGCCUUCACCAUCAACAGCUUGUUCGCGGCGCUGCUGGACGGAGUUGCACUUGCCGAGAUCGCCAGCUUCGCGACGGGGAAGAAGAUCGCGGUGAAUCACUCGGUCAAGUCGAGGAUGCUCGCGGCGAGGAACAUGAUGAACGUCUGCGAGCAGCUGGCCAAGGUGCAGACGGUUGGGCAUCGGUUCCUGAAGUUCAUCGACAAGGUUGUAGAAGGCAACAAGGAGGCACUGCUGGCUCUUCUGGAGGACCUGAUGCGAUGCUACCACGGCCUUGCCCCCGGUCUGAGGAUCCUGCGAAGGGGAGUUGAAGUUCCCUUCCUUGGGCUGACCAACUUCCAGACGGCAAGGAGAGCUCCUCAGAUGUUCCUGUCCGCAAGAGAUCGCUACAGUCAAGGAGGAAGAUCGCAACACAAGUGGAGGGGAUGGGAGGACAAGAAGGACGAGGAAAGCAAGGAAGCGGAGGAGAACAAGUCUCGACCACGGAGCAGCUCGCAGGAUCGCUGGAGAGUCUUGAGCUCGCUCGACAAGAUGCGGGGGGUACAGCGGUGGAUAAGCAAGCUCCCGAUCUCUUGGCCGCGGAUCGUGUUGGACGGGACCUCGACCAUCAGCAACUUCUGCAGAGAGUGGAGUGACGGAGUGCUGCUUUGCGAGCUCGCUUGCCUCUGCGAGCCUCUGGCAGGCACUCGCCGCAUGAAGGGAUGGGACGCUCGUCCUCGCACGCGCGCAGCUUCACUCCACAACAUCAGGAAGGCUAUCAGUGCGUUCGCGUUGAGGCCAUCGAUGCCCAGGACACUCAUGGCAAUGAGAGCAGAGGACAUUCUUGACUGCGAUCAGGACGUCAUCCUGGACUUGCUGGAGAAGUUGAGGUCUGUGUAUCACAAGGGAUGA